CACUCGGAAGUCCAGUUGGAAAGGACUGGAAAGAACCGGCACCUCGCAGGAACAAAGCGCCAGUUCCUGUUAUCGCUCCUCCUACUUUGGAAAGAGGGCUUACAACCUGCAAGAAUCUUCGCAAUGUUGUGCCCAGCAUAUAUAAACAACCUGCCUUACUCCUAGCAUUUACUAGAUACUACAAAGGAAGAGAUCAUGGCCGUUACUGUGAUGUGGUUUCUUCUAGUGGUUGUAGGGUCUACUACAGUUUUCGGGGACGACGUGCCGCCCUUCCUACAGGAUCAAGUACUGUCACAGUUGUUCUCCGAUGGUAAAGAUGUUUCUCAGCCAUCCACCGAGUUGCUUGAAGCGGUGCAGAAACAGUUACAAGAUGUCUGUAGUAACAGUUUGAACUACUACAGGUUUAGGUCUCCUCGUAUCAAAAAGCAGGAGAUUUUGAAAGAUCAGAAGACAGUACCAGUGUGCGUUAUCAAUUUUUAUGUGGAAAAAACUGAUUGCUUGAAAGAAAACAUGAAACCAUUAGACAGUUGUGGAUAUGCAUCAGUUCCGGAAAACGUGAUCAGCUGUUAUAUUGCAUUGAUGGAUGAUGGUGAAAAAUGUGAAGGACCCCGUAUCGGCACAUCAUGUCCUUGUGCCAUAAAAGAUGGUGAUAAUGAUACAGAAUCGGAGAAGGCCGUGCAAUAUCCAGAGAAAGCCUUACAGAAUAAAACAGUUGACUUGAUGUCAUUAUUUAAGGACUUCAUGGUAACUUAUCAGAAGACAUACCGUGACGAGGAAGAAGCCAAUCAACGUUUUAAGAUAUUUGUGAAGAAUUUGGAAACAGCCCAGAAAAUCCAAAAAUUGGAUCAAGGCACUGCUGAGUAUGGCAUCACUAAAUUCAGUGACCUAACAGAGAAGGAAUUCCAAACUUUCUACCUGAAUACCCUGCUUUCUAAACUGCAGUCUAGGCCAAUGAAGAAAGCCAGAAUUCCGGAUGAUCCCCCUCCACCUGAGUGGGACUGGAGAGAACACGGAGCAGUAACUCAAGUAAAAGACCAGGGAAUGUGCGGUUCCUGCUGGGCUUUUUCAGUGACAGGAAACAUAGAGGGGCAAUGGUUUAUCCACAAAGGCAAGCUACUUUCCUUAUCUGAACAAGAGCUGGUGGAUUGUGACACUCUGGAUCAGGCCUGUGGAGGUGGACUUCCUUCCAAUGCCUACGAAGCUAUAGAAAAACUAGGAGGGCUUGAAACUGAAACGGAUUAUGACUAUAAAGGAACGAAACAAAAGUGUACAUUUUCCUCUGGCAAGGUGGCUGCAUACAUCAACAAUUCAGCUGAAAUUUCAAAGGAUGAAACUGAAAUAGCUAAAUGGUUGGCAAAGAAUGGACCUAUUUCAAUAGCCCUGAAUGCUUUUGCCAUGCAGUUCUAUAGAAGAGGUAUCUCCCACCCAUUCAAGAUACUGUGCAUCCCUUGGAUGAUUGACCACGCUGUGCUGCUUGUCGGUUAUGGUACACGUGACGGGAUUCCUUUUUGGGCCAUCAAGAACAGCUGGGGAGAGGACUGGGGAGAAAAGGGUUAUUACUAUGUGUAUCGAGGAUCAGGAGUUUGUGGGCUAAACAGUAUGUGUAGUUCUGCAGUCAUAGACUAGAAUAAACUGUAUAGCAACUAUUAUCACUGCAAGAUGCUAUUCAGGUUCAGCUAGUAAAUUUACCUCAUCCAUAAACUUCCUUUUAUACCAUGAAGAUAACACUGCAAGUAAUAAUUCACCUUUUGGUAGUCACAUUUAUAAAGUUUGUGGUCAAUAUACCUUGAGAAACGUGUAGGGCCACAUUAGAUGUUUUAGUAAAAAUAACUACUAAUUGCACAGGAAAUCUGAAUAAGACUGUUAGCACCAUUUUUGUAACAUCUCUGUCUCAUUCCUAAGCUAGUGAUGCAAAAGUUGCAAUGCACAGACCGACUAAUAUAGGGAAGGGUGCACACUUACACUGGUCACAACUCAGAAUCAAACAGUGGACUGAGUGUCAAAGGACUGAUGAAGGGGAUCACUUGUCCUGUAUGCCUGCUUCACCAGGGGGUGAUCACUCUUGCAGUGACCUCCUUGGGAAAUCUGGGAAAUGCAGGAUGUUGAUCAUCAAGGGGCUACAAGAAGAUGAUUGUCAUUACUGCAAGAAAUCCAGAACAUAAGAACGUGAAUGUCUUCAGGAACUGAGAUACCUUACUUGGCAAUAAGAAGAGGUGUAUGUCAAAAGAGCACACCUGAUCACAAAAUAGUGAAGCUCAUGUUGCCUGUGACUUUCACCCCUUCAAGAAAUGAAAGAGGUAGCAAUAAGAGCAAAAGAGGUGGAGACCAAGUUAGCUGACUGCAACAGCUGCAAUGAAUAUAUAGCUUAGAAAGUGUUUCAAAGCAAGUUGAAUAAACUGAAAAUCAAUCUGCUGCAGUGUGUGUUCACUACGGAAAACAUUUGCUUGAGAGGCAUGCUAUCCUUGACAGUUUAUCUGUUCCUAAUUCCGGUUCUUUGUAACAUGUACUGCAUUUUUCUUACUAGAUGUGCAAUUCCACUGUAUUUGAUAUUUUGUAUUCUUUUUUGCAUUUCUAAAAGUUUAUAUGGAAAUACAUUUUAAUAUUAGUGUCCCACUGAUUUUGUUUAGAGCAAUAAACUAAAUUUGCAAGAA